UGUGAUCAGCUGUUGUUUACGUGCCGGCUGGUGAGGACAUGUCUGUGUAGUGUUCCUUCCUUCCCGUCCGUUGUCUCACUUCAUUACACGAUACAAAGAGAAGUGAUUGGGUUCGAGUCGGUUCAAUGGGUGCCGUGGAGAGCACCGAGAGAGAGAGGGAGCCGCUGCUCGGGCCGAGCCACGCCGAAGCGAGGGUCCAGCCGGUGAUCAGCAGCGGCAGGGUGUACAGGAGAAGAUGGCUGGUGUUAACCGUGUUCUCAAUGCUCGCCUUUUUACAAGGGAUGGUGUGGAACACAUGGGGCCCCAUCCAGAACUCUGCCAAGCAUGCUUUCGGCUUCUCAGCUACGGACAUUGCUGUUUUAGUCAUUUGGGGUCCUGUGGGCUUCUUCCCGUGGCUCUUGUUUGUGUGGCUGAUGGACAAGAAAGGAUUGCGUGCCUCUCUGCUGCUCACAGUCUUCUUCAUGGUGUUGGGCUCCGCUCUGCGCAGUAUCCCGCUCUCAAACCUGCAGCUCAGACGCUGGUUAAUUCACGGUGGGCAGCUUCUUAAUGGUUUAGCCGGUCCAACCCUUAUGAGUGCCGGCCCUCUACUCUCCACUACAUGGUUUGCUCCAGAUCAAAGGGCUACAGCCACAGCUGUCGCAUCAUUGGUCGGCUACCUUGGAGCAGCUUGCUCCUUUCUGAUUGGCCCUCUGGCUGUACCAGCACCCAAUGAUACACAAAUAGUGAACAGCAUCACUCAGUGGGACCCAGGGCACAUCAGAGACAGGAUACAGUUUGUCCUCUAUACAGAAUUGGGGAUGAUUGUGGUCCUGUUUGCAGUCGUACUGCUCCAUUUCCCAUCCAGGCCGCCUGUUCCACCCAGCAUAGCAGCAGCUAGCCAGCGACUCAGCUACAGAAGCAGCAUCUGCAGAUUGCUCAGUAACAUGAGGUUCCUGAUGAUCGCGCUUGCCUAUUCAGUACCUACAGGAGUUGUAGCUGGAUGGUCUGGUGUGUUGGACAUGAUUCUGACUCCCAUCGAAGUUAGCCAGGUAGAUGCAGGAUGGAUAGGCUUUUGGUCCAUCCUUGGAGGCUGUGUGUUUGGAAUAGCCAUGGCAAGGUUUGCGGAUUCUAUCCGGGGAAUGCUGAAGCUGAUUGCAGUACUGAUGCUGGCUGGAGCCUCACUGGCAGCCACUUGGUUUACACUCACCUGUCUGACCAGACUCACUCAUCUGCCCUCCACUAAAGCAACACUUUACACCUCCUGUAUCCUGGUGGGCAUCUUCAUAAACAGCAGCAUUCCCAUCUUCUUCGAGCUUUUCAUUGAGACCGUAUACCCUGUGCCAGAAGGCAUCACCUGUGGUGUGGUCACCUUCUUCAGCAAUCUCUUCACAGGCCUGCUCCUUUUCUUUCUCACCUUCUACUUCAAAGAGCUUUCCUGGAUGAAUUGGUGUCUUACAGGUUCCUGCCUCUUCAGUCUGUUCCUCAUUCUUUUCUUCAGGGAAUCAUAUGAUCGUCUCUAUCUGGAUGUUUUUGUAUCAGUCUGAUUUGACUGUAUUGUCAGGAAAAAGACUGAACUCUGCUGGCACCUACUUGCACAAAGAAGGCAGGAAGUGCAUCACUUUUCUCUCACUUCAAUGAGAAAGCUACAUGUUUCCUCGUUGGCGGUGCUUUUGGACAGCAUUGUAAGCAAGAAAAGAAGCCAGCACCUUACCCAUGAUGGUAGUAAUGUAGGGUGGGUUUUUUUGUUUGUUUGUUUUUUGUUUUUUAAUAUGAUGUGUACUUGAUAUAUUGGUCAUUUUAAAUGCUCCUUUACUUGAGCUAAUGGUGAUGUGUUGAUGUACAUUUGCUACAUGAGUGCUGAUACUAAUAAGAGUUUAAGAUUGUCUCCUGCAGGGUCUACAGUAGUGAGAUAUGUGAUGGAUCUUUUAGGGAUAAUUAUAGUCUUGCUCCGUCAUCUGCUGAUGAAAGGCCUCUUAGUAGUUUGGUGUUGCUCCUAACCAUGACACAAACAGUGAAGGAAGUAGUACUGUAAAUGACCUGUGACAGUGGCCUACAUGCUCCUCUCUGCCUUCUCAUUUUAUCUCUUCAUACCUUAUUAUUAUGCAAAUGAUUAUUCCUGCUUCUCGUUCGCAUCCUUUGAGGUUGAAGCUGCCUCUCAGUUUCAAAGCCAGAGAUUGGGGAAGGAUCCUUAUGGGUAGCUCAGUGGGAGGCAUGGUCUCGAAGUUUCUUUCAGGUCUUUCUUUGGAUCGUGUGGCUUCUGUCCCAGAACAGAUUUACACAUGUGCAGGAAGUGCCAUCUUCUUCAUGAGCAUAAAGCUUUCAUUUUACAGCUUCUACAUGCACAGUGUAGGCAUCAACUGUAUGGAUGUUCACGGAGUCGUGUUUUUUGUGUCUGUGGUUGUUUUUGUUUUUUUAGUUUUUAUGAAUUGUCAUUGGUGCAUAUUAAACCAAGCAUGUGCUGAAGGUUUCUUUAUUUAUUGAGGGGUAGAAAUACUAACAGAUGUGACCGUUUUAAUGGAUUAUGUCUGUUUAAGUACUUGAUGUUAGUCAUUGCCAUAAAAAUAAGAAGGGAUGCUAUAUUUUAAAUUCAGACCUGUGGCUAACAGCAAAUAAUGCAGUGUGGACCUUUCUCAUCAUUUUUGUAUAAUGCUGACUCCUGUUAACUUUGUCAUCAUUCGUAAGCCUUUAUGUACCAUCUCUUUGUGUAGCAGUUCAUCUUAUUAGUGAUGUGAAGAUUAUAGCGGACGGUGUAUCAGACUCUGUGUUGUUGCGAGUCCACUCGCUGCCUUGACUUUUUCUAUCAUUUUUCCCACUAUGAGCCCUUGCUUUGAGAGAGAUCUUCAGGGGAUUUUUUUUUGUAGCUUUCUGUAAGGUGUAAUCUGGUUAAAUAAGUCCCAUGGCUUCAGAUUAAAGAGCAUCUCCAAAGAAGGACAAAACAAAUUGUCUAACGGAGGAGAUACAAUAACUAACUCCAGAAAAUCUUGAGAAGGGCCUGGGGAUUUUGAGGGCUUAAACAAGGACUUAAAGCACUGUUUUACUUUAAGUCAUUGAAAGAAAUUGUAGCUGACAACUCAGUGGCCAUGAGGUUAAAUAACGUUUGUUUUUUGUUCUCUGACUUUUUUUUUUUUUUAUUUAAAUCCUUACCCUAUGCCUACUCAGUGGUGCCACACAGGAUUAUGGUAAGGCAUGGCUCUGCACCUCCUUUCCUGCAUGUGAUUUUUCUGUCUUUUUCUAUACUAAAGGGUUGUCUUAACCCACAGUGAAAGGUAGCCUUAAUUAACAAUGGCCUGUGCAAUUUAUUUCCCCUCUUUCCCUGAAGUCUUUUAGGGUUCUCCCCCCAGCAGAACUGCAUUUGAGACACAUCCAGUAUCCAUGUACUGUUUCUCAUUUUAAUGUUAAUCAGAGGGAUUUUUAGAGAUCAGGAUGUUCUUGUCUUUUGUUCCAGAUUCUGUAGAUGUAUGUGAUUUCCAGCACCUUAUUA